AUGCUUACCAUCACUCACAUCUCAAUACCACUGGGCAUUGUUAUUGGACUCCUAGCUUCCUUCGUUCAGUCAUUGGGGCUGACUAUUCAACGAAAGAGCCAUGUUGUCAACCAGUCACUCCCCGAGCACCGACAGCGCGUAGAGCAUCGAAGACCGUUAUGGUUGCUCGGAUUCGCCGUAUUCAUAUCUUCCAACGUAAUUGGCUCCUUCGUUCAAAUCGCCUCUCUUCCUGUAGUGAUCCUAGCACCACUGGGAGCAGUAUCACUUCUCUGGAACGCUUUCUUUGCCCGUCUGCUCCUCGGAGACGUAUUCUCACCAUGGAUGAUCCUUGGCACCAUCUUAAUUGCAGGUGGUGCUAUUUUGAUAGCAUUCUUUGGUAUCGUCCCAGAGCAAACGCGCUCUCUCGAGGAUCUCCUGCAUCUGUUCCGACGACCAACAUUUAUUGCAUAUUUCUCUGUACUGGGAGUCACGGUUUUGAUUUGUCUUGUCAUCACCCACCUCACGGAGUACUCGAUUUCUCGCAGAAUAAAAGCUGAAAGUGUACCGGACUCUCCUACCAAUUUCUCCCCUCCGUCGUCUGCAAUUCAUCUGCCUACACAUUCUACCAACACUACCACAGGCCUAACGGAAGCGGUUGACGAUAAUCUUUUAUCUCAUGAGCGCACCCCACUUGUUGACCCCAAAGCGCUAUCACAAUCAUCACGAUCCAACUCACCUCGGAAUGACAGUGACCUUACUGGCCGCUCAAUUAACCGCACACGCCUGCUCGUGGCUAUAUCAUAUGCUUCAUUUUCUGGUAUCAUAUCUGGAAUGUGCCUACUGUUCGCCAAAAGCGGUGUUGAGCUCCUAUUGCUCACACUGGGAGGCAACAAUCAAUUCUGGAGGUGGGAGGCUUGGGUCCUUGUCCUUGGAUUGAUUAUAUUUGCUGUGCUACAGUUGUGGUAUCUACACAAAGCACUUAUUCUAGCCGAUCCUACAUUGGUCUGUCCAUCUGCCUUUUGCUUCUAUAAUCUAUCAUCUAUUGUCAAUGGUCUUGUAUACUUCGACCAAUUUUCUUUAAUACGGCCUUUGUAUCUCGGCCUUGUCGCGCUGGGGAUUGUUAUUCUUCUAGGAGGAGUAUGGGUCGUAAGUAUCCAGUCCGGAGGUGGAGGUGUCGAUGUUGGUCCAUGGGUCGAAGAGACCAUCAAGUUAACUGGAGAGGACGAAGCAUUAUACUCAGAACCUACUUACACAGAUGCAGAUAAUGAAGCAUCUGAAGUUCACGCACUGUCCGACCAACCCACUGAGACCACACCACCACCUAAACCAGGUGUUGGGCCUGUCCCGAUGGAACGAGAAACGCGUUCAGAGUCGUACUUGCCGAACAUACAACAACCAUCGCUCGUUGGACUGGGUAUUGAUAUGGGAUCCCCAGAGUCUACAUUGCCUGGGAAAACACAAAGCUCUAUCUCAACACCGGACAAGCGAACGAUAGUUGAUACACAGCUGUAUCCUUCUCCACGAACACCGUCUCGUCCAGCGAAGCGGAAACCGACGGCUGAUAUAAACACCUCUUCAUCAUCGAUACAUCAUCCACACGCACAUGGUCAUUCACGCACACAGUCCUACCAGCAUGCUCACCAUGGGCUGCCCUCCCCUCCUCUCGGAAGCGUUUCUGCUUUGGGUCCAGGAUUCCAGAUAGGCUUGUCGCCACUUAGUCCUGGGUUCACCAUUACACCGCUAGAAAGACGAAGGAGAACGAGUGCUAUGGGUGGAGGUGGAAGCACCUCAUUUGCUGAUGUGGUGUCAGAGGCAAUGGCCCGUGAGCAAGGCCGUAGACGGACUGUCAGUGAGGGUGAGGUCACUCGGGAACCAGUUGGUGGUAGUGCUGCUUCUGUUGUUGCUGACGGGGACGCCAACGUUCAACAUACGAGGGAAGACUCGAGGAGGGAGGAUCUGCGUGUCAGGAAUGCUAGCACACGGUGGAAGUGGCUAAAGCAUAUCUUUGAAGCUAGUGAUGAUUGA